AUGCAAGUCAAACUCGCAAAGAAUGUUGUUCAGGCAGUGCAAAGAAAAGGUCAUAAGGCGACGAGACCGCUCGCCGCUUCGAUAAGGUCCAUUGUGGAGCGUUGCAUUGGGCUGUUGAAAAGCAGAUUCCAGUGUCUGCAAAGACACCGGACUCUGUAUUAUCAUCCAACAACAGCCACCGUCAUUAUAUCGUCUUGUGCACUGCUCCACAAUAUGUGCCGUUCAUCGAGGGAGGCAGAACCGGACCCUCACGAGCCAGGGUUGGAGUCUGGGCCGAGCUCGGAGGGGUCAGUGGCGGAUGACGAGAGGCUAGCUCUUGCCCACCCUCGGGUCAGCCUCUCGGACAGGGGGAGGGCUCUGAAGCAGCGCCUUGUCGCCCAGUUCCGAACCCGCCACAGCCGUGCCUCCCCGGAGCACCACGCAAGCCACGAUGGCAGUCGCGCCCACCAGGGACAUCACCAGUGCCAAGGAGUCCGUCGCCACAAUGGAGGUCCCGCCCAUCAGGGACACCAUCGGCGACAGGGAGCCCCUCAUCGUCCUCGCCACGGUGGCACUCCCGCACACCAGGGACGCCACCGGCGACAGCGCAUCCCUCGUCGUCCUCACCUCGACUGAUGCCCUCGCCACCAGAGAAGCCCCCCGUGGCAGUAUGUGCCUCACGUGUUGCUCCACGGUCAAGGCCGUCCAUAAGCUCCACAGUGUCAACUCCAAUGCCUUGCGCAGUUCGUCGCACAACCACCGUGUUACCUUUACGGACAUGUAGUACCGCCUCCGAAAUGCUAUUCGGUGCA